UAUAGUACUAUCUAAUAAUGCUAUGCCCAGAACUAUCAAAUAUUCUUUCAGAUACAAUAUCCAGAGUAGGUGAUUGGUUCGUCUUGCAGGGAGAUGUGGCAGACCUUGACCUGGGUUUUGCGAUUAAUGUAUGGGAGCACUGGAGCUUCCAUACAAGGUACGCUACUACCCCUUGUGAUACCUGUAACAGCGGAUAAACAUAUUACAGAAAGCGACAAUGGAGAUGUAGAACUGAUAGCGCAUCCCAAACUGAAAAUAAAACAUCGGGCUAACCGCUGGCACCAAAAGGGGUUGUUUGCUGCUCGGCCUUCGUCAGAUUGCGUAAGACAUGCCUGCUAAGAGGCCGGAUUUUUAGAUCUCCAGUUACUGUCUCUAUCGCUAUGAC